AUGUUACAAGCAAUCAAGUUCAGCAAGGGCAACCUUGAGAUCCUGGAUCAGUUACAGCUUCCAUUCGUCGAAGAAUAUAUUCCCAUUCGAACUACAGAAGAUGGAUGGCACGCCAUCAAAGAUAUGAAAGUCCGCGGGGCACCUGCUAUUGCUAUCGUAGCAAUGCUUGCCCUCGCCGCAGAACUAACCUCUGCUGUGAAUAGUGACAACCUUUCACAAUCACCAGAAGAGGUGUGCCAGUAUAUCAGAGACAAGCUUGCUUAUCUGGUGACGAGUAGGCCAACUGCCGUCAAUCUCGCUGAUGCUGCGCGCAAGCUGGAGGCUGUAGUCAUCAGUCGCACAAAAGCACCGGGCUCUACUGGCAGCGAAGUCGCAGCCGCGUUUAUCCAGGCGGCAGAAGAUAUGAUGGGAAAGGAUCUCGAGGAUAACAAGAGAAUUGGGCACAAUGGUGCAGAAUGGAUCGCCACUCAUGCAGCCAAGCCAGGGAAUUCAGAAGUUGCUGUGUUGACUCACUGCAACACUGGCUCCCUCGCCACUUCUGGAUAUGGCACAGCGUUGGGCGUGGUUCGUUCGCUGGCAUCGAAGAAAAUCCUACGUCACGCUUAUUGCACAGAGACUAGGCCCUACAACCAGGGGUCUCGCCUUACAGCCUUCGAGUUGGUUCACGACAAAAUUCCAGCUACACUCAUCACGGAUUCUAUGGCAGCCGCUUUGCUUGCAGAUACCAAAGUGGGUGUGAAUGCAAUUGUGGUGGGAGCGGAUAGGGUAGCAGCCAAUGGUGACACAGCCAACAAAAUCGGCACAUAUGCCCUGGCUGUCUUGGCAAAGUACCAUGGCGUCAAGUUCCUCGUUGCAGCGCCACUCACAACCAUCGAUAUGGCCACAAAAUCAGGCGAGGAUAUCAUUAUUGAGCAACGUGCAGCAUCCGAGGUAACCAGCAUCAAGGGUCCCUGCGCGGGGUCUGAGGCCACUGACCAGAUUACGAUCGAGACCGUGAAAAUUGCCGCGCCAGGGAUCAAUGUUUGGAACCCGGCAUUUGAUAUUACUCCCGCGAGUUUGAUAGAUGGGAUUAUCACAGAGGUCGGAGUUGUAGAGAAGGGAUCCGAUGGCCAAUAUCACUUGGGUGGACUAUUUGACGGUUCUACUUUUUGA